UAAGAACUUGGACCGGGACGUCCACAACUGUGGCUUUUGCGGGAGGCGCUGCCCAAAGCGCACCAAGUGUGUCUUUGGUAUGUGUGGCUAUGGAGGCUAGUACUCUGUUCCAUUUUGACCUAAUCCUAGAGGGUCGUUUUGACCUAAAAGACAAGUUUGCCCUAAAAGGAGGGUUCUUGGCGAUGGAGGAGGAGCGAUCGGCCAAAUCGGCGGACGAUGGCGGGACGACAAUAUUUGACAAGAUUUUGAGCAAGGAGAUCAAUGCCACAAUCGUGUACGAAGAUGACAAGGCGCUGGCGUUUCGAGACAUCGAGCCGCAAGCGCCGGUUCAUGUCAUCCUGAUACCCAAGCAGCGUGAUGGACUCACUCGUCUUGCGAAUGCCGAGAAGCGGCACCGAGAGAUUCUUGGGCACCUUCUCUACGUUGCCAAGAAGAUCGGCGAGCAAGAGAAGCUCCAGGAAGGAUAUCGCGUUGUGAUCAACGAUGGCCCCAAAGGAUGCCAAUCGACGUACCAUCUACACUUGCACAUCAUGGGAGGCAGGCAGAUGAAAUGGCCUCCGGGAUAGAGCGUUUAGCCUGUGAGUUGGAACUCUAGAACAAUAAAUGUCGAGAAGAAUUCAAAGCUAACGAGC